ACGCCAAAAUUCUUACUCAGCCGCCUGAUGCACACGAGUCAUGGUUUGGCGGUGCUGACUUGCUGAGCAGGACGGCAGCUGACACGAAUGCCAUCCCAUCAGAACGCAAGCUAGAUGGCAUUCCUGCUGGCACUUGUAGUCUUUGCUGCCAUCCAGCAUGCAGACGCAAGCUAUCUGACCACAACCUCGGACUUCUUCCAGACAGGAUGUUUUACGCUUCUGGACGGCACCUAUACAAAAGAUAUGGCAUCUACGUUUGGGACGACGUCGUGCACCAAUGCGUUGUGCCCCCCCUGCUUCUUGAUGAACACUAACUUUGGUGCCAUCUACCUGACGAUUUCCUCUUGUCUCAGCUCAGAGUUCAACUCCGCGCUGAGCAGCCUCUCCCUGACCGUGUUCUCGACGUUUACCUUUGUCAAUACUGGGUAUGGUGCAGCGGUUGUCUCAGAUGGCACCAAUAGCUACAUGGUGACUCGCUCCGGCCACAGAGGUUCGACUAUUGUGUGCAGUUGUAUCACAUCAAACCUUCUGACGUGCGACGCGUCUGUGACGCCCGUAGUCUUUUAUACCACGGAUGCCCUUCUGAGCUCCAACCCUUCGUCAGAGUGCAUUUCAGUCUCCACUGACUCAACGUAUGACAUCAGCCAGCGUGUUUGUGGUAGUGGAUUCAGCUACUGCCCCUCCUGCUGGAUCAUUGAUACAUCAGGGGGCGCAGUAAGCUUGACACUGACAAACUGUGAUUACUUCUACAAGAUUGACGUGAAUUCUCAAAGCGGAAUGAUGGAAUAUUCGUUUCUAAACACUGGUUCCAAUCUUGCUACAGUCUCAGAUGGGACGAACGCAUUCUCACUGGCAGCAUCGGGUGCAGGCACAAAUCAGGCCAAAUGCACGUGCCAUGUGUCCGGAGGUGUCCACCAGUUUGCCUGCACUGUUCCCGCCGUAGCAGCCAGUGGCAGCACGCCCAUCAAUUCCUUUCCGCAGAACAUCGAAGUUCUGGACCAGGUGAGGUUCGGAGGAACUACGACUUACCUUCUGUACGACAGCGGGACGCCUGCUUUGCAGAUGUAUGUUGGUUCGAACAGAGCACUUUCUGGGACAAGCACCGCGGGUGGAUCGGGGAUUCUUCAUGGGACGUGGACGUUGGAUGCGGCAACUGUCACAUCUGACAUCCGCUUCAAGCGAAAUGUCGAGCCCCUGCGCAAAACGCUGCGUCGGCUUUGGGACAAGGAGCAGCAAGAGGCUGCCGAGGACAAGAAUGCUGAGGUUGAUGAGGGCCAUCUCAUUGAUUGGGUGCUUGGCCGACUGAGGCCGGUCUCAUACAUUUCCAAGACGGAUCCUGCCCAAUCAACGAGGUUCGGCUUCAUUGCGCAGGAGCUGGAGCAAACCCUCCCUGACAUGGUUCGAAACCUCAAUCGGUCUGAUGCGAACCACAAGGCAGUUCACCUUCUGGAUCUCAUCGCACUGGUUGUGGCAGCUGCGCAGCAGCAAAGCUCACAGCUGCGAACCUUGGCGGGGGAGGACAAGUUGCGCAGUCAGCAAGUGCACCUUCUUGGGGAACGACUUGCUGUCGUGGAGCAAUUGCAGCAGCGAGUCGCAUCUCUGGAGAAAGUUGUGGAGGAGUUGCGCUUACAAGCAGUUUCAUGCUGUCGAAAUACCACUUCUUAAUGCGUUCCACCUUCCGAGCAAGAUAGGGGACCGCAUGGCGGACGACCUCAUUUGAAGUAUGCUUCCGGCAAUACUUGCGAGCACUUGCUUUCUUGAGCCUGUCUCAGAAGCCUCUGACCUUACUGUUUGGCGGCUUGCUUGUAGCUCCAGAAGGCGUGCAGUAGCGAGACAU